GCUGGCAGGAGCCUCCCCAGGGCCCCCGCCCCAUCACAGGGUUCCUGGUGGACCUGCCUCAGGAGCCCCGGCUGAGAGCCCCACCACAUCAGGGGAGAACAGCCCAGCGGCAGGAGCUCCAGGCUGGCCAGAUGCCUGGGUCCCUGCAUAGAUGCACCCUCUGCAGUGAGCUGGACCCCAGUGAGCCAAGGACACCUCAGGAUCCGUUGCUGGGGCCCAACAUGGAGGAGGCCAGUGGGCCCCCAGCUCGGGCCAAGGCCCGAGUGGUGAGUACCACACUGACAUGGCGGCAGCGGCCCCCUGCCCGGGAAGAGAGCAAACACCGUUUUCACAAGGUGUCCCUGGUAUCAGGGGCCCGGCUGGAAGUCCCCCAGGAGGAGAUGUCUGAGCAUGGCCACCGUCGGGAGGAAGUCAACGGCUUUGCUGCACGGGAAGAAGACACUAUGAAUCACCAGGGCCCCGGGGACGGGGCUGGCUCCAACAGCUUCCAGAGCCAUGGGCCCAUCUUUUCCAAAAUUUACGCACUGCCCCCCAAGGAGAAAAGGCCAGUGGGAAGGCCAAAGGAGGCUGUGGACCAGGGUGAUGGCAGUCCGCAGGACCCUAGGACUGAGCCACCGAGCCCAGGAGCCACAGCCAAGACUGAGCUUUUGGAGCCGGUGCAUGGGCCCCAUGAGCCCAGGCCCAACCCGGGUGUGGGUCUCACCAGCGGGAGCUCCCGGAGCCUCGAGGAACGGCGGGUGACACGCGCUGUGCGGACUACCACGGUGGUGGGAGGGCACGGGCACCGACAGGUGAACAGCUCUGUGACGAACUCUGUGGGGCUAACGCUCCCGGGCAAGGCCCCGCCCAGGGGCCGCAAUGCUGCCCGCGCGGUGCAGGCAGUGGUGGUGAGCCCCCGAGCCGAGGACUCACCCAGCCGCAGCCAGGCCCUGGAGCUGCUAGCUAGCCUUGUGCCCGCUGGGCGGAGCCCACCCGCCAGCCAGCUUCCCAGGCCCCCAGCUGCUGUGACAAGGAGUCCAGGUCUGGGCAGCACAGAGGGUGCAGCCCCGGGGCAGCUGCCUGAGACGGGGACAGCAGAGCCAGAGGACAGAUGUGUCCUGGCCCCCGCAGGCUUCCCGGACUAUGCCCACCCGCCUCAGAACCAGGAUGUCCCUGCAACCCACCCGGACCAAGACCAGGACAAAGCCCCAGAUGCCAGGGUCCAUGAGGUCCCAAGAGUGCAGAGAGCGUUCAGCCCCACCCAGCUCCCUCUCCAGACCUCUCAGGGCCACACACCAGUACCCUCCUCUCCCAGACUCCAGACCCAAACCCCCACCCUGGGCCUAGGUCACCCCCCAGAGCAGCCUGAAGUACCUACUCAUGCUAGGGCCCAGCUGACUCUCGAGCCCAGGGGACCCCAGGCCUGGCCCUCCGUCAAAAGGGAAGGGUGUCCAGAUUCCCCUGCUGCCACCAGCCUGCCCACGGUGAAGACUGAGGCUGUUAUAGUCCCUGGACAAUCUCUUACUCCAUCCUCUACAAGAAGGAAGGCUGUCACCAGCCCAGGACAUCUUUCUGCUCCAUCCUCCCCAAGGAAUAAGGUUGUUCAGGACUCUGAAGAUGUCUCUAUCUUCUCCCUUACCCAGAAAGAGGUGGUGCAGAGCCCUGGGGUUCCUGCCGACUCAACCCCCGCCCAGAAGGAGGUUGUUCAGGGCCCUGGUGCUCUCAUUGCCCCCUCCUCCUCAGGGGGCAAGGUAUCCCUCAGCCCAGGAGGCCCCCCUGCCCCAAGGCUGAUGGGAGCAGAGGCCAGCCUGGAGUCCCAGCUUGGCCCUGACUCCGCUGAAGGUGAGACGUUCCCGGAGCCAUCAAGGGAGGAGGAGGAGGUGGCCCUGACCGCUGACCUGGAGAUUUUCCUGGACACCCUGCGGAGUAUGGAACCCCCCGAGAUCCUCCGCACUCACCGGCUGCCACGAGCCCCCCGCUCUUCCUACCUGGCCACAUACGCCACGCUGCCUGCCAUCGAGGAGGACCAGCCUGGGCCAUGGGUGCUGGGACCCAGCCCCCAGGGGGUGCCUGCACUGGAAGAAAAUGAAGAGGAAAGGGGAGAGGAGGAGGAGGAGGAGGAGGAGGAGGAAGAACCACAGAACCCCUACCUGAGCGACGGUGAAAAUCUCCAGCGCAGGCAGGAGAAAGCCAGGUCCAGCCCCUCCUGGGACUCCCACCCUGCCCGACCCUGCCAGGUCUCUUGCUCUCUUCUAGAGAUGAUGAAGAAGUACACAGCAGGUGCCAAGGGCGCCCACCCAGAAGUCGGGCCAGAGUGGCAGGCAGGCAGCCGGCCCACUUCCCGUCUUGAAGGCAGCCUUCUCUUUGGGGGUCUGGUGCCUGCCCUCAAGGAGGCCCCCACUUUGGAACCACUGGGCACAAAACCAUCUGCUCUACCGCCCCACGGGGCACCAGGGCUCAGGAAGGUGCCAGGGCAGCUGCCCCUGCUCUACAGGGAAGGGUCACCUCCAGAGAAGUCCGCAUGUGCCCAGUCCCCGGAGGGGUGGAGCUCAGCAAUGAAGACCCAGGGCAAACUGAACACCAGGCCUGGAAAGAUGUUCCUCUUCUCGGAGCCUGGCUGCCAAGGCAGCAGCAGGGAGGUUUGGGAAGACAUUGCUGAUGCUUCCGGCUGGGCCCGCGUGGCUUCCAUACGGGUGGUACGAGGCUGCUGGAUGCUGUACGAAGAACCGGCGUUCCGGGGCCAGAAGCUGGUCCUGCCUGAAGGAGAUGUGGAACUUGGAGCUCUGGGGCCAGCAUGGAGUACCCAAGGCAUUGGCUCCCUGAGGAGGGUUGUCCAGGACUACAUUACCCCAGAGAUCAGCCUGUACUCUGAGGAGGGCCUCAAGGGAGAGCAAGUGAAGCUAACCAAGGCCUUGGAGGACCCCCAGGGCCUGGAGAGGCCUCUGCAGGUGGCAUCUGCCACUGUCUCCGCAGGACUGUGGCUUCUAUACCCCAAGCCCUUCUUUGAAGACACUCCCUGCAUCCUGGAGCCUGGAGAGUACCCCACCCCAGAGGCCUGGGGUGCAUCAGACCCCAGUGUGGGCUCCCUGAAGCCCAUGAGAUUGGGCUGCCCAAGUGUGGAGAAGCCAGGGGAGCCCAAGGCUGUAGUGUAUGAGGCCCCAGGCUUUCAGGGCCAGAGCUGGGAAGUGAGCCGAGACAUCUACAACCUGCAGCAGCCAGAGGACGGCCAGAGCCCCAGCUUGGCCUCUGUGGGGUCCCUGCAAGUUCUUGGGGGCUGCUGGGUGGGCUACGAGAAGGAGGGUUUCCGGGGUCACCAGUAUCUGCUGGAGGAGGGAGAAUACGCUGAUUGGUCACAUUGGGGAGGCUAUAACAAGGCGCUGACCUCCCUGCGAGUCAUCCGGACGGACUUCGGGGACCCGGCGGUGGUGCUGUUUGAGGCCAUGGACUUUGAGGGGCAUGGCGUGGAGGUGAGCGAGGCAUUGCCGGACGUGGAGCUGGCGGGACACGGCCCCCGAACGCAGGCCAUCCACGUGCUCAGCGGCGUGUGGGUGGCCUAUCAGGAGGUGGGCUUCUCCGGGGAGCAGUACGUGCUGGAGAAGGGCGUGUACCGCAACUGCGAAGACUGGGGCGCGAGCAGCAGCGCCCUCGCCUCUCUGCAGCCGGUCCUGCAGGUCGGGGAGCACAAUCUGCACUUUGUCUCAAAGAUUCAGCUUUUCUCCGGUCCGGACUUCCUGGGCGACCACAUCUCCUUUGACGAUGACCAGACCUCUCUUCCCCCCUCCUUCCAGCCCCAAUCUUGCCGGGUCCACGGCGGCAGCUGGAUCCUGUUUGAUGAGAAGAACUUUGAGGGUGAGCAGCACAUUCUCUCUGAGGGCGAGUUCCCCACUCUCACAGCCAUGGGCUGCCUGGCCUCCACGGUCCUGGGCUCUCUCCAGAAGGUGCCCCUGCACUUUUCAGAGCCAUCCAUUUUCCUGUAUGGCCUGGAGUGCUUCGAGGGGAAGGAGAUCGAGCUCGGUGGGGAGCUGCGGAGCCUGCAAGCCGAGGGCUUCAACAACCACGUGCUGUCUGUGCGGAUCAAGGGGGGCUUCUGGGUGCUGUGCCAGCACAGCGACUUCCGGGGCCGCCAGUGGCUGGUGGGCAGCUGCGAGAUCACCAACUGGCUGACGUACAGUGGGACCCAGAGGGUGGGCUCCCUCUACCCCAUCAAGCAGCGCCGGGCUUACUUCCAUCUCUGGAAUGCGGCACUGGGGGGACUCCUGGCAGUGCCGGACCACGUGGAGGACAUGAAGGCGGGCCGCGUGGUGGUCUCUGAGCCCCAAGCUGGAGGCAGCUGUAUCUGGUACUACGAGGAUGGGCUGCUGAAGAACCAGGUAGCCCCCACCAUGAGCCUGCAGGUGAUUGGCACCCCCAGCACAGGCUCCAAGGUAGUGCUGUGGGCUGAGAGCCGCCUGCCCCGCCAGACGUGGAGGAUCAGCGAAUCAGGCCAUAUCUGCAGCCAGAUGUUUGAAGGCCGGAUCCUAGAUGUGAAGGGUGGCCAGGGCUACGACCGGGACCACGCAGUGCUAUGGGAGCUGGCCAAGGACAGGGCGUCCCAGAUCUGGACUGUCCAUGUGCUUUGAACCUCCCCCCCACCCCCCAGCCCUGGAGGCCCUCCCUGGGAUGCAAUGUUUUUAUAGGGGUUUUUGUUGUAACAUAAACUGUUUUAUAAUAUGCUCCCAGGUAUCCUCAUCUCUGUGCACCUUGAUAUUUGGGGGUGGGAGUGAGGAUUUGUUCACCGGCCUUCUUACUUGCCUGCACUCAGGUGGGCUUCCUCCCUCCCAGCUCCAGUUCUGGGGCCCAGGUAAGGCCUCCGUCUGCCACCAGAGGGAACACUGGGAGCAGGCUAACCGCUGAGUGUGGUCUUGUAUGCAGUCACCCCAAAUGAUGUGUUCUCAGAGACUGCUCUGAGCCAGGUUUGGCCCUGGGCUAUGGGGACACAAAUAUGAACCAAGCCCCUUGGUCCCCGCCCUCAAGCCACUCACAGUCCCGUGGAGGAUCCCGAUGGGACGGUGAUACACUCAGUGACGGGGUAAGAAUGGAGGUGGAAAGAUGCACAGGGGAGGAGCCUAAACCAUUUAGGGGCACAGGGCAGGGAACACUGCUCGGAGGAGGGAACCCUCCGCUCAGAUGUGGGGGAUGAGAAGGAGUCAGCCAGGCUAGAGGGUGGCAGAGGAACGCAGACAAGUCCAGGGGCGGAAACUUGGAAGUGCAGUGCGCGGGGGACUCUGGGCGGGGAGGGAAAGGCAAGUGGGAGCCACACCUCAGAGGGCUGUGCCCACCCGGGCUCCUCUCACUUUCCCCCAACUCUGGUCUCAAGUCCUAAAGGUUUGGCCCCCAAGAAGCCAGAACAGGGGGUCUUGGUCCCUAACCCAGCUCAGAGAGGGCAGGACAUAGUCUUUCAAUCUGGUAGACACUUGUCCCCUUGGCCAACGUCCUCCGGGAAGAGGCAGAGAUGGUCGAGGCCCUUGGGGGCUUCUCCAGAGUUCCCUUCCUACUCUUCAGCUCCCAAUUCCACCAGCCCAAACCCAGGAGAGGUAGGAGUGGUUGGAACAGCUGUUUGUCCUUCCUGCCUUCCCAGCCCAUGGGUAGGCAGGGAAGAAAUGGACAGUGGCCUCUUCAUCUUUUUCAGCCCCCAGUGGUUGGAGAUGUGAAGACAGGAGGAUGGCUGUGAGGCUGGGAACCCCUAUAGGCUGCGGGGUGGGGCUUCUCUCUGAAUCUGUCAUUCUGAGGACACCGAGGCAGUGGAGUGGGGGGCUCUCUGAGCCUCCGCAACUGGGGAUGUCCAGGGUCUGGGAGGGGGUGGGGGUGGGGUCCUCUGGGACCAUCAUUCCCAAACUCCCAGGGACAGGUAAGCAAAUGCAACUAAAGGGAGGGUGAAGAUGGCAGGUUCUGGGUCGUGUCCCUGCAAGGGGAUUCGAAGGGGAAGGGCCUCCGCAUUUGGACUUUGGCGCAGGGCAGGUGAGGUGCGAGCUCACUGGUGCCACCUCGCCUGCUGAUGGGGCUGUAGGUGGCCCCUUGGUGGUGCUGCUGCAGACCUGGCUCUUUGGGCCUGGUGACGUCCAGUGACCACACACAGGACCCCACUCCAAGUACAUGACAACUUUAUUGAGCCCCAGCUGGGUGGUGGUGCUUUCCCCUCCAUGGCAGUAUCUUGCUGUGUCGGCCAUGGCCCCCCAGGCUCUACCUGUCAAUUCCCACAACCUGCUCAUCUCUAGCAUCAGCCCCUCCCAAGGAUGGGGCGGAGGGGGGGCUUCUCUUGCUAGUGAUGGUGGCAGCUGUCUUGGGGGCACGGGGCUAGGGCUGGG